AACACGUCCGUUUCCCCAGGCUUUGUCUCAGUCUGCUGCUGCCAUCUGAUAACCAGCCAUGAUCCUCCAGGCUGCUGUGCUCGGUGUCUUCCUCUGCUCCGUGCACAGUUUUACCAUACAGGACUCUUCUGAAAAGGGUGACGAGUCGUCUGGCAACAACAAUGAGGAUGAGGAUCUCGGUAUCUCCACACUGUUAGAGAAGGCCAAUGUUAAUGUUGGAAAGAACUUUGACGAUCCUCUGGUGAUGUAUGGAGACAUAGCAGUGCCAGACGGUUUCCAGAACGCCGAUCCCUGCACAGCACGAGGCUGCCUGUGGCCUAAAGCCACCGAUGGCAACGUCUACGUACCCUACCGCAUCUCCAACCAGUACUCCCAAAGGGAGAGAGAUACCAUCAUCAGAGGCCUGCGGUCAUUUGCUGCAUCCACCUGCAUCCGCUUCACCCCUUUGAAUGGACAGAGAGACUUUGUGGACAUCCAGUCUCGCUCAGGGUGUUUUUCAUUUGUCGGCCGCCGUGGUAAUGGCCAGGUAGUGUCUUUGAGUCGCCAGGGCUGUGUUUUCCAGCAGAUCAUCCAACAUGAGCUGCUCCAUGCCCUGGGCUUCAACCAUGAGCAGACCCGGUCUGACAGGGACCAGAAUGUUCAGAUCCUGCUGCAGAACGUCAUUCGUGGAAUGGAGUUCAAUUUCAGGAGGAUCCAAACGAGGAACCUUGGCACUCCCUAUGACUACAACUCUGUCAUGCACUAUGGAAGGUUCGCCUUCUCCAGGAACAGGCAGCCAACCAUCGUUCCCAUCCCCAACCCCAAUGUAGCCAUUGGUAGGGCCACCCAGAUGAGUGCUACGGACAUCCUUCGGGUGAACCGCCUUUACCGCUGCAAUACGGCUGCUUCCAGAAGCGACCCUGAACACAAGCAGAAGAAUGAUGUCCUCUGAAUCAAAUCUCCUCUUUUUCCAACAGAUCAAGAGGAAAUGAAGCCGAUUGAUGCAUCUUUUUAUCUACAAGCAAAAUCAGAAACGCAUCUUGUGCUUAAUGAAAGUGAUUAAAUUUAUUAAUAAGAUUGAUUGAUUGAUUGAUUGAUUGAUUGAAAUUAACAAGUUGAUUAAAUGAGCUUUUGCGGCAUACUAAUGAGAUGUGAAAAGCAUCCUGAUAUAUGUACACGUAGAUGAAUAACUGCUUGUGAGUCUGAUUGAAUGCGUAUAAUGAAUAAAAAUGUAUAUUCACAUA